CUGUAAUUUUGUGAUAUGUUUUGUAUAUAGUCAGCCAGGAAAAUUCUUGAAAGGGAAAGGUUGGCCAAGAACAUGAUUUGGAAAUAGUUGCAUCGUGUCAUUUAUAACAAUGUUGGUGACUGCAGUUCCAGAUGGCCUGUUACCGUUUACUCACUCCUGUAAGGCUGGUCUUAGCCAUCUUGACUGUCUGCCUCACCAGCUUUAUCUUCUUCUCUCUCAAUGACGAUUGCACCUGCACCAGCAUCGACAUCCUACUGCAGAGGAUACGUAAUCUUCAGGAAGAACUGAGGACUAAAGAUGAAGCUCUCUCAAACUGUAGAGGUUCCAAGGGGAAUGAGGAGGAGACUUCUGAAGGGGAGGCUGGCUGGGACCCUCAUGUCCUGUGCAUCUAUGUACCCCAUCGGGAUCGAUUUGAGGAGCUAAUGGAGUUUGUGCCGUACAUGGACAAGUUUUUGUCACAGCAGAUGGUGCGACAUAGAAUUGUGGUUAUUAAUCAGAUUGACACACAUCGGUUUAAUCGGGCAUCUCUCCUCAACAUUGGCUUCAAGGAGACUCGUGAUAGGUGCAGUUACAUUGCCUUGCAUGAUGUGGACCUUCUACCAAGGAACCCUGCAAUUACGUACCACUAUGCCAAUGUGCAAGAUGGACCCUACCACGUGUCUGCUCCAGACCUGCACCCAAAAUAUGACUACAAAGAGUUUAUUGGUGGGAUAAUGCUGAUGACCACCAAACAGUUUGAGCAAUUGAAUGGAUUAUCCAAUCGAUUCUGGGGAUGGGGUAGGGAGGAUGACGAGUUCUAUAUGAGGAUACAAGAAGCACAAAUGAAGAUUUUCAGGCCCCAGGGCAUAACCACUGGCAGGAAAACCUUUUUUCACAUACACGACAAGAAAAGGAGAAAAAGAGACAUGAAAAGGAUAGGUGAUCAACACAGGGAGUCUUUUAAACGAGACAGGCAGACAGGUUUGCACAAUGUCCAGUACAGUGUGCGCAGCCAGCAGGAACUCAGUAUUAAUGGUGCCAAAGCAACUUUGUUACAUGUGAAGAUUGACUGUGAUGCAGAGGUUACACCUUGGUGUGACAUUGCCUAGAGGGCAUGCUAGGUGCUAAAAUAAUAUUCACUAACUUGGCCCCCCCCCGGCGCUUUGGGGCAGCAACCUUCCUCAAUCUUCCAAAACCUCCACCAUGCACUGAACAAGUGGCUCAUUCCUUGUUCUGCAACUUUCAAGGAGCAUCAAGCCUCAUUGACAGUGACUGUAGCUACGUUUAAUUACUUCAGAGCUUAUGGUGGGUUCUGAAGUAUCUAGGAAAGUUAAAGUUGAAGAAAUACAUGUUGUAUCUUGCCACUCAUACAUAGCGGGUAGGAAAGGUAAAGGAAUACAUAAGCUGCUCACAAAAAAUUGAUUAGUUAUGUCACUAUUUGAUUGGGUAUCUUUCAAGAAACCCACGUGUAUACACCUGAACCACUUGCCGAUGGUAUUAUUCCACAAAAUGAACUUGACCUAGGCACGGUAUUAAUUUCAGUAGAAUAUGCCUACUUUUUCAAAACAAGAAAACACAACCAUAGUCCUGUACAAAGUUGAACUUUGCUCUUUUCAAGUGCCAGCCCUUGGUGUUCAUUUGUUCAAGAUGUGCGCGAUGUUUCUUACUGCAUCGUUACUUUUUUUAAAGCUCCAAGACAAUGUUGUGGCGCAAUAUUUGCUACAAUGGCCACCUGUCACCCUUAGCUGCACGAGGGGGGUUUCAUACCUGCUCAACUUCCAAGGACUAGCCUCUGUGUGUGCAUACUUUUAAUGACCUAAGACAUAAUGUGGCGUACUGCUUACAGCAUUUGCAAGAACCAUUCUCAAACAACACAUUUAUACACUCUCCGGCAAAGAGUGGUUAAUGUUUUGAUAUGAAAUGCACCUGGCUUGUAGUAUGUCACAUGAAAUAACGACACAGUGUGAUUUAAUAAGCAACUUUUUUUCAGAUAGACAUGUAAUCAUGUACAUGUAUCACUUAUGAUGAUAUCCUUGAAGUCAGAUCAUGGGACCUGAGGAUUAGGUCAGUUACUUGGACUUGGAGCCUCCCCUGUGAUGCACCUAAUGGAUUACAACAACAGGGGGAAUUUUUGUCACCUGUGGACUUCUGAGAAUAACAACGCAUUUCUAUUUGGGAGACUUCCAACCGCUUUUGAAUGACCAACUUCUGGACAGUCUACAUGUAUUUAGAAAGUCCGCUGUGGUGUUGAGGAGAGACCUCUUUGAAUCUAGUGCUUCUCAGUUAUUGCAAGUCCUUUCUAGGACACUGUAGACAUGAAACUGAAACUGUCUUUUGAGCAACAACAUGUCAGUUUUCAUCGGCAUUAACCAUUUAACAGGGUAUAUAUUUUUGUGUUAUUUUAAUAGUUAAAGGUACAGUUGAACACAGAUAAGAACAGCACUGAUGAUAUAAUUUCAUGUUUAUAACAAGGACAAUUUUUUGUCCCAAGUCUUUGUUCUUCUUAAUUUUCCAUUCCUGAUAAAACAAGGUAACUAUUAAAUAAGGGAAUUUGUGAAAUCCCAAGGACCUUGUAAAAACAAUGUUCUACUGUAUGUAGGUGUGGCCAUUACUUUAAUGAGUCAAGGAAUUAAACUCAUUGUACAUGUUCAUAUCA